UAGCGGGGCCUAGAGAGGCCCGACCCAUAGAGUUCCAGCCCGGAGCGGGGCCUGCCCGGGCGGGCGCGGCGCAUGCGCGCAGUUUCGAUUGGCGCCGCCGGUGCGACGGCGUGAGGAGGGGGAGGCCGGAGGCCAGGGCUCGGCUCGGCUCGGCUCGGCUCGGCGCCAUGGCCCCCGUGCUGAACCUCAACAACGAGGUGGUGAAGAUGAGAAAAGAUGUGAAGAAGGCCAGAGUCCUGACUAUUCGCAGACUAACCAGACACAUUGGGAAAUUAAAGUUGAAAAAGGGUUCAGAAGACUUGAAAUUAAAGAAUCAGAAACGAGUUGAGAGAUUAAUAGAAGAAAUCCAUGCCAUGAAGGAAAUAAAGCCAGAUGAGGUUACCAGACUUGCUCUUAGGACAGAAGUUAAUUUUGAAAGUAUCUGCAAAAAGCCAAAUUGCACAGCAGCUGAGCGAGCCACUGCAAGACUUGCAACACACCCCAACUUGAAACCCAAAUUUGCUGAACUUAAAGCUGCUGUAAAAGCUUUUAAGGAUGCAAGAAAGGACCCUGACAAAUCCAGUCCUUCGAAAAAGGCUAAGUCAGGAGAACAGUCUAAAUCAGUGCAACGUUUAAAUAAAAAUUUGGAUGACCAAGCUCUUAAACUUGCUCAAAAAAAGCAAGGAUGUGAACACAAAACAAAAAUGAUUAUGGAAAUAGAAACUGACACAGUGGCUGAAGAACUUAAUGAGGCUGAAUCUGAGCAGAAAACUGCAGAAAUGGGCAGGGCAUAUGCUCCAGAAGAAUCUUCAUCUCAGGCAUUAGAAAUGCACACAGUCACUCAGAAUAAAACAAGAAAGAAACUUGGCUGCCAAAAAAGGAAAGAAAAUGUGAACGUGAACAAAGUAAAUGCAAUAAAAGAGAAAAAUAAUGAUGUUAGUAAUCAGAAACAUCCUAAUGAAGAGGAGUACUUUGAUGAUAGUACUGAAGAGAGGUUUUAUAACCAGUCAUCGGAUUCUGAUAGUGACAGCAACGAUGAUUUCUUCAUUGGCAAAGUAAAAAGAAAGAAAAAGAUAGCAGCAGUUACUGACCCUUCUUCAGCAAAAGAAAAGGAUAGACUACAGAAAAACAUAGUGAAGAAAGAAAAGAACACAGCGCUUGGGACAGCGCAAGAGUUGAUCGUGGAAGAAGGAAAGCCAUGUGCAAAAGCAAGCAAGCUAGAAUCAGUGUUCUGCAGUUCUUUGUCUGCCUCUAAUCAGAAAUCUCAAAACAGAAGAAAUACUAAAGAACAAACUCUCAAAAAUGGAAGAACAGCUCUUCUUAAAAAGGAACCACAACUCAGGAAGCAACCAUUUGCAAAAGCUGCAGGUACUAAGUGUGACAAUAAGAAAUCAUUUCUGGAGCAACCUCUUCAUCCGUCAUGGGAAGCAAGCAAGAGACGUCGGGAACAAAUGUCUCAAAUUACAGCAUUCCAAGGGAAAAAGAUUAAAUUUGAUGACUAGACUAUCUGUAAGUUGCGAUUUUAACAAAAGAUUCUUUCAGGUUUGCAUCCCAUAGUAUUUUCUUACAAAGUUACAACUGCUGUUUGAACAUUUUUGUUAUACUGUCCUUAUCUUUUGCAACCUAUAAAAUAGCAACUGCUAGAACUUACUUAUCAUCUAUUAAUAAUGAAGAUUGCGUCAUUUAUUCAGUGUGCUGUCUGUUGAUUAAUGUAUGGUCAUAUAGUGUUGGUUCAUAAGUCCCAUUACAUGGUGCCACCAUUUAUGAAAUACACCCUAAUAUGAAUGAAUGUUUUUCAGGAACAUUGUUUGUGCUCUGUAGAAAUAGUACAGAUUCUUUGGAGCUUUUUUGUAUGUAAAAAUGUACUUUAUAUCAGGACUUGGAUGUCAGAAAAUAGGGGAAAAUACAAAAUAUUGAGGUGGUAAUCCUAGGACUGUAUUAUCAAAUACAUCUCAACUGAGAAAAAGUAAGAGAUUCUUAAACCUGAGCGGACUCCACAAAUUCAUGAAUGUAUCCAGUAGCUGGAAAAGCCAAUCAGUAGUAUGCAUGAUGUGAAAAUUUCUGGAGAGCAAUAAAAUAUUGGCCUGUUAAA